AUGGUUUUCACCGGUUGGCAUUUACCUGAUCACCCUCUUGACCCGGUACUGUGCAACAAAGUAUCAGAGCUGCAGGAGAAAAGUUCAUACAGAAGGCUUCUUUUUGACUGCGUGAAUGUUGCUCUUAUCGAGAUCGGCGAGAACACCUUACUGAGUGCAUUCCCAUGGAGUAAAAGACACUCCAGGACAUGGAGAGGCACCUCAUCUCCUGAUCUGGGUGUAGAAGUCUGGAGUAUCCUGAAGGACUGGAUAUACGGGGCACGGAUGUUUGUGGUGAGCAAUAGAGAUAAUGCUGAGAUCAUAUUGGACAGAAUUGUGAAGCAGGAGGUGGAAGCAAGAGGGUGGGUGAAACUGAUAAUGGCGCAGGUGGUUGACAUCACUGAGGAACUCGAAGGGGGAGUAAUGGACGAGCUGGUUGAAGAAGCCGUGCUGGACUUUACAGUUUGUUUUCAAUGA